AUGAAAUCUUACAAGGAAGAAAUCAAGCAAAUGUAGCAUCAGAUUCAUUUAAAUUAUGCAAAAACACAACUAAAUAAUACUAGUUGUGAAGGGUCUCCUACCUCUAUAUAUCUCACCAAAGCAGCUCAUUCAAACUUAUAGAAUAAUUUAAAUCUUACUGAGACAACUGCUAUGAACGAUGCUAAUAGUUCAAGGACAUAACCUAAUUAUCCAAAUUUAGGUGAGAUUACUUGGCGAGAACUGUCUUUUAAUGUCCCAUCUAGAAUGAUUAAAGUACCAGAUUUCAUACCUUUUAAUAAAAAAAGCAUGUAAAAUAAAAAGCGACCAUCUUCUUCGUCUGUUUCAACUCCCUUUUUGAAGAAUAUUGUUAGUAAGAAAGAUAAGUCUAUCAGCUAGUAUCUAAAGGGUGACAAAUAAAAUAAUUCCUUAUCUAAAUCGAUAAUAUUAAAGAAAUACGAUAUUAGCAACACUUCAAUUAGGGUUAAAACAGAAGGAGAUAGAUAGAUAAAAAAGAAAGGUUAGUAAUAAAUGUAAGAUGCUGCUUUAUAUGAUUUUCUUUAAGACCAUUUAAGCGAUUUAUAUUAAGAUUAAGCACUUGAUCCUUAUAAACCAAAUAUGAAUCUAUAAAAAAGGAGCUACGCUAUUUCCUAAUAAAGCAUUAAAUCUAAUACGUCGAUCCAAGCGUUAGAACAAUAAAUAAAAUAAAAAAAAAUGAGUGAGCAACAGAGAAUUGAGGUCGAGUAUCAACUUGAAAAAAAGAAGGCUCACUUAGAUAAUAAACUUUAUUUUAAAAAGCUUUACAAGAUAUAAAAAUCUGCAUUGAAUAACUAUUUGAAUGGUGAAGGAGUAGAAGAAAAUGUGAUUGAUUGUCAUAAAGAAAUAGUGAAUCCUUUGACCUCAUAUGUUAAGCAGAAGUAAUUGGAAAAUAUUCAAAAACACCAAUAAGAACUUAAUAGAAGUUUCAUUAAAAAUAAUCAAAAACCCAUAUACCAAUCUUAGCUUAAGCAAAGGUAGGAGAAACAAUUAUAGAACUAAAUUUACAAGGGUAAUAAUAACAAAAAGACUGAAUCUAAUUAAGGUGUAAGCUCAUUAGAGUAAAUAUAAAAAAAGAAGGAGGAGAUGCAAAAAGAAGCUUAGGCAAAUUUUCUUGAUAACUUUUUGAAAGGAGAGAGAUUCUAUUUUGAAAAGUUAGGUGAAAUUUAAAACUAAGCCAAGUAGAAUUUUAUACAAGAAAUUCAUGUAAAUUAAAAAUAUUAUUUUGACUAGCAAAUGCAGCCAGAGGAGUAAUUUUUAAGUAAAAAUGAUAUCAAAACAGAAAAAAAUGUAAGCAUACUCAAAACAAUACAAAAGAAGUAAUAAGUUAACUAGAUGUAGCAGAUGAAUACAUAAAGAAACUCCUUACUAACAAGUAAGUCAAAAGACACACUUUAAAGUAUUCUAUUAAAUAAAUUGGGUUCUAGCAUAGUUAAAAGAGCGCCAACGAGAUUGCUUACAAUUUAGCAAAAGAGUAAUAUUUUAAGUUAAUAAGUUACUAUUGAUGAAGGCUAGAAUUAUACCAGACAAACUUCAAAAAAAUAGAACUAAAAUGAAUAAAAUGAUUCAAAUUUCGACACUCAAAGCUUUUCUAUUUAAAUUUAACAAAACCAAGACCACCAAGAAGAGUCUUCUUAAAAAAAUAAAAAAUCUCAAAUGAUUUCUAACAUGUUGGAAAUCUAUUCAUAGAAAUAAGAAGAUUUUAUUAAAUAUGAAAAAAACUUAAUCAUCUAAAAAGAUAAGGCUGUAGAAUCUAUAAAUAAUAUGAAUUUUACAAUAUAAGAAUUAUCUUCAAAAUUAGAAGGUAUUUAGCAAAUUCCAAAAUUAACAGAAUUUGAAUAAGAUAUUUUCUCAUAUGUGAAAAACAAUAAAGUUAAAGAGAUUGAAGCUUGUCUCCAUGCAAACGAAUAAAUUGUUCACUUAUAAGAUUCAACUGGGAAAACCCUAUUGCAUUGGGCAGCUAUGAGAGGAUAAGAAGAGAUAGUGAAUAUACUUUUAAAGUAUAAAUCUUAAUUAUCUGCUCUCGAUUUAAAUAAAAAAAUGCCUAAAGACUUAGCACUAUAAUAUAAUCAAUAAAAAAUUUAUGGAAUUUUGCAAAAGGAAGAAAGAUACUAAAGGCAAUUAUAAACACCUAAGAUGAAUGCUGUAAUUCCUACCCAUAAUUCUGAUUUAAGUUUGCAAUUAAAUAUUGAAAUUUAGGCUCUCUGA